UUUAAUUUUCCAAACUGUCAUGCUACCACCAAAUCUUCCCCAUAUCUUCUUGAAUCUUGAACCCCCCUCAUAUAUAUACACAACCCCUCCCCAAACACAUUCAAAUCAACCAAACCAAACAACUCUCGUCUUCUUCUUGGCAACCAAACCCUAAUUCCAAAAAAAAAAAAAACCCUAAUUCUAAGUUUUUUUUUCAGAAAUCCGAGGAGAAGAAAUGGCAACCUUGGAUGAUGGUUCGGAGUUUUUCCACGUUCUUGCCGUGGACGACAGCGUCGUUGACCGGAAACUGAUCGAGAGGCUGCUGAAGACAUCCUCGGAGAACGUGAAAGUGACGGUGGUGGAUUCCGGGAGCAAGGCGCUGGGGCUAUUGAGCGAGGUGGAAGUGAAUCUGAUCAUCACGGAUUACAGCAUGCCGGGGAUGACGGGGUACGAUCUGCUGAGGAAGAUCAAAGGCUGCGCCGCUUUCAAGGAUAUCCCGGUCGUGAUCAUGUCGUCCGAGGAUGUCCCGUCCAGGAUCACCAGGUGUUUGGCGGAAGGCGCAGAAGAGUUCUUCCUUAAACCGGUUCGCCAGUCCGACGUUAACCGCCUCAAACCGCAUCUCUUGAACGGCUGCAAAGGAAAGGCCGCGUUUUCCCCCGAUUCCGCGGCGGCGGUUUGCGGGAUCGUUUGAUUUGUCGGAGAAUCCGUGUUUGUUUGACAUCGGAAAACGUUGGACGGAGCUGAAUUUGACCCCGGCGGCUGAGAUUCGUGGAAGCGGGAGGUUCCGGCGCCGGAAAUGGGUUGGGAAUUUAAUCGAACACCUGGCGGGUCCAAGAAUUGAUCCUAGACAAUUUAGCCAUGAUUCGGAACUGAAUCGAACAUCGGAUCUGAUCUGCUUGAAAACUGGCGGACAUAUAUGAUUGACAACAAUUGUAUGUAUGGGCCACACAGCACUACCCAUUUUUCAACAAACAAUUACAGUUGUAAUACUUUCGAUACUGUGAAAGUAAUAGUUCUGAAAUUCAUUUUCAAUUGAGAAUUAAGUUACAAUAUGAACUGAUCAAUGUCUGUGCAAGUGGUUUAGAUGAUGACGAUGAUGUUAUUCAUGUAUACAUUUGAGGGUUAAACUAUGAAAAAUUAAGAAAAAAAAUGAUUAAAAGAUGUCACGAUAA